UUGCAUCCCACAGUGCUUUGGGAUACUGUACUAAAUAUAGGCACAACUCAUCGUAUAUUAUCAGAAAUAUCUGUAGUGAUUAGUUGCUGAGAAGACAGAGAUACAGUACUAUUUAUUUAAUAUGGCCCAGAACAUAGUGACCUCUGAGGAGUUGGACUUGAAGACUGUGAGAGUCGUGCUGGUGGUUGAGGGCCUAGAGGUGGGACCCCUUGGUGGCAAGAAGAAUGCAGAUGUCAUCGUAGACUUUAAGGAAACAUCAUUUUGUGUGCAAGCAGAAGUACGCAGAAAGAAGGGUAUUGUGAAAUACAAACAGGUUAUCAAGAAGCUUCCAGGAGAAGUAGACCCUGACAAAUGUACCUACAAGUUCAAGAAGGACCAGAUCAUCCUUGACCUUAAGAAGAAGGAGGAGUCUUCCUGGGCGGUGCAGCUCUCUUCAUCAGGGCUGGAACAAGCCUCCUCCGAUGAAAGUGACUAGUCUGUAUUAUGUCUGGGUCCCACUGCCAGAUGUGUUUGGUCAGCCUGUAUGUGGCCUCUGCUGUCAAUCUUGUUCUAUUACUGUUUUCACCAUCACUUUGAAUUUAUUGUAAUAUUUGUCCAUGCUGGUUACAGAGGGUAAUGUUCUGUUUGUAUUGUGAGAGUAUGACCCAAAGUUUUAGUGAUACAAGCUAAGAGCAUUAAGGCUGAAACAGCUCAUUUAAGUUUUCCUGGGAUAUUGCAGGUUUCCUAGCAUGUCAUGGUUUUAAGGUACAGUUCCUUGUUUGUUAAUCUUGUUUUGACAAAUCAAUCUUGGUUAGUUUCCAUCUGUUUGAGGUUUACCAGUAGUCCUGCACCAUUAAUGGAAUAUGUGUAUUUUAUGAAAUCAAAACCAAUCUAGAUUUAUGUAAAAGCCAGUCUAGUCAGCUUUAUUCAUCAGGGGGGGCGGUCAGGUGGCCUAGUGGUUAAAGCGUUUGCUCGUCACGCUGAAGACCCAGGUUCGAAUCCCAACAUGGGUUCAAUGUGCGAAGCCCAUUUCUGGUGUCCCCUGCCGUGAUAUUGCUGGAAUAUUGCUAAAAGCGGCGUAAAACCAAUGUUACUCACUCACUCACUAUUCAUCAGGAAAAUUAUUUUUGCUUAAUUUUAGAGGAGAGAAAUGUAUUGUUUAAUAAAAAGGUUCAUGGACUAUAUCUUUGUCUAGUUUACCAGUUGUACCUGUAUUAAUUUAUGAAGAACAAAACAAAACUUCAACAUGUGUUAAAGGUAAAAGUAAUGCAUAUUUGUUUUCAUGAAAGGACAAUGAAUUUAUCUUCUGAUGUGAUGCUGACAGUUGAUGGCUCUUAUACUUAUUGUCUGGAGUUAAUCUGAUUAGUUCAGGGUCGAACAAAGAAUUAAAGAUCAGUUAGAACUGGUGGUAGAUGGAGACCUAUGUAUGCAUUCCAAUAGGUAGUGUUUACUUCAUUGAUAGGAACCAUAGCUUGAACUUUAUUGUGAUGAAUUUAAUUGAUAUAGAAGAUAUAGAAGUUUAGGAAUAGAUGCUCUGGACUCUGCAUCAGAUAUAUUUGGCUAUGAUUCACAAAGUUCAAUAUGAAAAAAACUCUUUCAAUCAAUAACUCACAAUUAUGCAUGUUGAUGUUAUAAAGACAUAUCUUAAAUGUGUUUGGUUUAUGGAUGUAUUGCUGUCCUGGAGAAGGUAAAAAAAUACAUAAUGAUACAUCUGCAAAGUUGAAAUUUAUUAUUUUAUGAGACUCAGCAUUGUUUGUUUAAAUCCCAAUUCUGUUUAACACGUUUAAAGUGCAAAUGUUUAUGAUUUUUUUACUGUAAUUGGCAGAUGUGUUUACUUCUGUUAGAUAUUGCUUUGUCCUCUUUGUAAGGUUUGAACUGUUGCUAUUAAAUAAGUUAACAGUUGCUAUUUUAACUGUAUGAUUGGCAUUCUAGAAGUUGGCGAAUAAAUAGGAAAACAUUUAACUUUAUUGAUCAAUAAUGGUGUAAGAAUCUAUGUCAAAAAGUUGCUAUAUGCAAUAAACGAUAAGUUGUUAUCUAUAAAGUUAUAUGUUUUCUUUGUUGCUAUUUUGUUUGGUCCAUUUUGUUAAGAAAUAUAAAGAAAUUAUAAGAAACAUAAAUUAUGGUAAAGUGUUUCUGAACAUUAUUUUAGAAAGAAGCCUUUUCUUUUUUAUAUAUUAAAUUAAUAAGCAGAGAUUGGAGACACGUGGGGUCAUAUGUUUCAUAUGUUUCAUAUGUUUGUGUGUUAACUAAUUUCUUACAUCAUACAUCAUGUACAUGUUUUGUUUACUGUAGCAUUUUGCGCCCUUUCUUAUUGACAUCCUUUAGCAUUUCUUGUGAUGUAUUAUCUUCACGAGGCAAGGGAGUUAACUGACUGUAACAGUCUUGUUUCCCCCCUUGCCGAAUUAGGCUGGAAUUCUGGAUUUACAUAUUGGCUGGACUAAUGAGUCUAUGUAUAGUCCAAUAAUAAAUGUGCAAUGAACUAGACAUCUGGUUCGUAAACAACAUGGAUUUCAAUGUGCAUUUUUCGAUUGACUGCAGGAUUUGCAAAGCAUGUGUACUACCAACUGGGCAUCGACAGAUAUUUUAAAGAUCUUUUCAUAUCUUUAAUGAAGGUGCUCAAAUGAUUUGAUGCACUUUGCGAGAAGGCCUGUUUUAUUACAAUAUAGGUCUUGAUUAUUGAUCAGAUUGUAUUGACUUGGUGUUGUGAUUUUGUUUGAAGCAAAUGCAAGUGAUGACAAUAGGGGGUCCUAGAAGGGACAUUACUCGUAAUAGCCACUGGUGGCGCAACAAUCAGGCCAUGAAAUUCUAGCGUAGUUCAGCCAGGGUGGAAACUGGACUUUUAUGGUUUGUUAACUUCCUUGCCUCAGGAAGAUGGUGACCAUACAUUCAUGAUUUAACUAUUGGUUCUCACAAACAGCAUAAUGAGGAGAUGACAACAACUAUUUUUAAUUUCAAUACCCCAUGAUGCAAUACUCUCUGACAUGUGGAAUCUCCACCUGCAGGGUUCAACAACUGAAAUUUUCUCAGAUUGCCAACAGGACCAGUGCAAUCAAAACAUAAGGUGGUCACACAAAUUUUGGAACAGCUAGUCAGCCACAAAUCAUCUGUUUUAAGCGAUAUCACAUAUUUUCACAUCUUGAUAUCACAAAUACUGUUCAUUCAUCUAUUCAUGGCAAUUAUAAAGUAAACAAAAUAAGACAUCACAUCUUGAUAUGGCAAUUAUUGUUUGUUAAUCUAUUUGGGAAUCUAUAAAAAGUUAACAAAAUAAGAUCAGAGUUUGAUAUUUGCCAUGAGUCCUUAGUCACGCUAGAAGCAUUUUGAUUUUAGAAUUACUGGUCCUAAAUAAUGUUCAAUAAUAUUUUUCAGGUUGACCAGCAUAUUUGAUGAACGUUGCAUGUCAGUUUUGUUGAUGAUUGUUGAGUUUCACUUGUUGAAUUACACAGGCACUGCCAUUUUGAUAGUAUUUGCUCAACGACUAACUGUUCUAACUGUUGUCAUAUGUAAUCAGUAAAUAGUCAUCAGAUUAGCUAUACCAUUUUGAAAAACUAAUUUUGCAAAUUUUGCAAAACUAAUGACACAGAGACAAUGACACAGUCUAGAUAAAUCACAUAUUUUUUUUUUAUGAUGGGGUGAUAAAUGGAGUCUCUGGAGCUCUGGAGUCUCAUUUUUAUCUUAGAAGCACCUUUGUAGAGCAGUUGUUUUAAGUUAAUUUUUAGCCAAACAUAAAGUCUGUUUUUAUCAAAAUUCUCCCUAUCCAGCCACAAAAUGAAAACAAUAAAACCAUCAAAGAAUGUGUUAACACAUAGUCUAUUAUAAAAAGUAAAUUAUGAUUUGACAACAUAUGAAUGACAUUAUGUUGUGGCCUUGAAUGCAGCUAUUUACAAACAAUGCAAACAACAUACUGAGCCAGACUACAUAGCCAUAGGUAAACAGCUGUUGUUCAACAGGAUUGAAUAUUAAACAGUGACAUUGAUCAUAGCAUAAGAAUAAAUGGCAUGUUAAAGACAGGGUAGAGCUUUAGAUUGGUUCUUACGUUGAAUUACAUUGACAUUUAUGUGGAUGGAGCGAUAUUGGACCCUUUUUUCAUGGACUGGUAGAGUUCUUCAUAAAAAAAUGACAACUUUACAUGACUUGAAUGAUGCUAUUUUUCAAGUUAUAAUUGUAUUCAUUUUAAGGUUGCUGGUGGGAGAAUGAGCUGUGUUGAACAUAUUGAAUUGUGAACAUACUUUGUCUUAUAUGCAAUAUGACUUGUAUCACCUAGUAUUUGAUGUAUUUUCAACAGUGAGUAAAAUUUACCUUUUUGUA